AAGUAGCAAAUCAGACAGCCAAUUGAAUAAGUGAUAUAAAAGAUAUUAGAUCGACUGGAACCUGUGAUACGCGAUCGGAUAGAGAGGCAGCGGAAGAAGACAUGGUUUUACGUAAAGUGUGGAGUGCGGUUGCCUUCAUAAUAUGUUUCCAAAGUGCAAUUGAUGCAGCUGGGAUAUGUGGAAAUGCCACAAUUCGGAAGCAUUGGUCCGAUUGUAAUAAGUUUGUAGAAUGCGGCGAAUCCAGUACAGUGAUUUUUGAGUGUCCUGAACGCAGUUUCUUCAACUCGGAAACGUUGGUGUGCGACUUUGCUAUGUAUGCAGAAUGUGUCGUGGACCUAGAGGCUGAAGUGCAGUUUUUUGGACAGCAGAGAAUGUUGGAAUCCGCACCAGGAGUUUUAGUUACUAUCGAUACAUGUAACCAGAAUCCUUUGGGAGCAAAACUACCGCAUCCAGACUUUUGCAAUAUGUUCUAUCACUGUUCUCCUUCCGGUCCAAUUCUGUUCGAGUGCCCAGCAAACCUCUUGUUCUGCCCGAAGCGAAAUGUUUGCAAUUGGCCCCAGUUUGUUGAAUGUGGCAUCACAGAAGGGGAAGUGAAUGGGGAAUGUCCGGAAAAUUGCUUCCCAGAUAAACGCUGCCCGCUGAAUUGCUAUCCUGAUUUGAAUACAACUGUGCUGCCACAUCCGAGCAUGUGCACUGCAUAUCUGCGUUGCAUAGAUGGUUGUGCUUGUUUCCAAAACUGCGCGGCUGGCCUCUACUGGAGUACGAAUCUGGGGCGCUGUGUAGAACGCGUUCGAUCUGAGUGUGUGGAAAUCGAGAGACCAAGCUGUCCAGAAUGCAUAAUGCACGAAAACUGCCCUCCGGUAGAUGAUCCCAACAAUCCCAUUCGCUUCCCGUAUCCUGGAAGAUGUGAUGCUUACAUGAAGUGUCACCAAGGUCAAGCUUGCAAAGUGGAAUGCCCGGAAGGCCUUGAGUUUGAUCCGGAAACGGAAGUUUGCGAUAUCCCGUGGGGGUGCGUUCCAGGCACAACUGCUGUAACCACUGAUGGCACUGAUGAUCCAGACGAAACACCAAUAACGACGCCAAUAACGACACCAGAACCACCAGUAACAUCGCCAAUAACGACGCCAGAUCCACCAGUAACAACUCCCGUAACGACGCCAGAACCACCAGUAACAACGCCAAUAACGACGCCAGAUCCACCAGUAACAACGCCAAUAACGACGCCAGAUCCACCAGUAACAACACCAAUUACGACGCCAGAACCACCAGUAACAACGCCAGAUCCACCAGUAACAACUCCCGUCACGACGCCAGAACCGCCAAUAACAACGCCAGAUCCACCAGUAACAACGCCAAUAACGACGCCAGAUCCACCAGUAACAACACCAAUAACGACGCCAGAUCCACCAGUAACAACACCAAUAACGACGCCAGAACCACCAGUAACAACUCCCGAUACAACGCCUAUAACGACUCCAGUAACGACGCCAGUGGUUACGACAGAACCCCCUCUAUGUCCGGUAUGCCCUCCUGGGGUCUGCCAUCCAGAUGACAGGUGCCCGGUUGAUCCAUGCCAAGAGUGCGAUCCCCUUCUACUACCACAUCCGGAUGAUUGUGCAAUGUUCUACAAAUGCACUCACGGAUAUGCCUGUGAAAUGCGCUGCCCCUCCGGACUGCACUGGAGCAGUGCAAUGAAUCGCUGUGAGUGGCCAAAACUUGGCGACUGUGCUUUGGGGGAACAGUAGAUCCAGAUCGCCGAAGAUGCAGUGCGUGAGUAAUGGGAUUGUUUGUGCGUGAGUAAUGGGACAUAACUAUCUCACCUGAUUUGCUUGCUUGACGAGUUACAGAGCCGUAAAGAUCCAGAAGUUUCCAUGCGAACUCCAGCGCAAAUGUAUAUGGUACAAUAAAUAUUAAACUAAAUAAAUAUUAAAUUAUAUAUUCGAUCAAGAGAAA